GUCUUUUAAACUUCGUUUUUCUCUUCGAUCGUGUCGCGGCGGGGAGCAGAGCGGCACUGUAAGAAUGGUGUCCAAAGCAAGCGACUCUUCCUCCAAAACUAGAAAAUCGCAUGGAGAACAAUCAAAUGAGGGCGUUGUGAACUUUUCUCACAAGCUAAAUCAGCUUAAGAAGCAAAUUCAAGCAGAGAGAAUUAUUACAGUAAAAGAAAAAGUUGAGAAGAACAAGAGGAAGUUAGAAACUCAUGUUUCCCAGCUUAUAUUGGCAACAUCAAGAAAUGAUGUUUUAUCUGCAGAUUGUAGUGCACAUGGGAGAAUACUCUCGUCAAGAAUCAAUUAUCCACUCUGCAAGUAUGGUGGAUUUACUCAAGGACCAGGAGAUGGGCACGUUAUCAAUGGUCAUGAAAUCAUAUACUCUGCCAGUAUCAAUCUUCCUUAUAUUGAGAAAAUACCACCGUAUACUACCUGGAUAUUCUUGGAUCGAAAUCAGAGAAUGGCCGAAGAUCAGUCUAUCGUUGGUAGGAGACGCAUUUAUUAUGAUCAGCAUGGCAGUGAGGCACUUGUUUGUAGUGACAGUGAAGAAGAUCUUGUAGAACCAGAAGAACCAAAACACAAAUUUACUGAUGGGGAAGAUCGUAUUCUAUGGAUGGCUCUUGAGGACCAUGGCCUAGAUGAGCAAGUACUGAACAUUGUGACUCAGUUUAUUGGAGCCACUAGUACAGAAAUCGAGGAGCGUUACAGCAUGCUUAAGGAAAAAUUCCAUGAGAAACUUGACUUGAACUUCAAAGAUUCUGGGGACUCUGGAAGUGAAAGGGGCAUUAUGUUGGAUAAGAGCCUUAGCGCUGGUCUAGACUCUUUUGAUAACCUUUUUUGUCGUCGUUGUUUGUUAUUUGACUGUCGACUGCAUGGCUGUUCUCAAACUUUGGUCAAUCCUAGUGAAAAGCAGACGUAUUGGUCUGAAUACGAAGAUGACAGAAAACCCUGCAGUGAUCAGUGUUACCUCCAGGUAAAAGUUGUGAAAAACUUGUUAGAAGGUUCAGUUACUUGUGACUGGCGUGGAACAAAAUUUACGGCUUUAGAAGAGAAUAAGAGGAUUAUUGUGGCCAGUGAUGCGGACAAGCCAAAGGCUGCGGAGGAGACCAACUUCACACUAGUUGCAGAAACAAUGACACCUGUUAGUACUUAUGAAGAUCCUAAUAGUAACUUGGAUGAAACUGCAGAGGUAAAAGACACUGGAGAAUAUGUGGGAAAACGCAAGAUCAUACAACAUGCUAAUGCUGCACAAGAUACUUCAGCAAAUUCUUCAAAGGAAUUUCAGGAUUCUUUGAGUAAAAGACAGAGGAAACUAUUGACUUUGGAUGUAGUUGUUGCAGCUAGUGAAGCUAAGCCAAGUUUGGAUCACAAUUCCACAGGUGUUAUAGAAAAUGUUGACCUUCAGAUAACUGGAAGAAACACUGUAAGUGAAUCUACUGAACACACGUUGAAGGAAAGCAUGGAUGUUACCACAGAUGGAGCCAAAGACGUAACAGAAGUUCAUGAACCACAUUCAUCUUCUUCUUCUCCAGGAGGAGAUCUUGGUGGGAUUGCAAUUGGUUCUGAUUGGAAACCUAUUGAGAAAGAAUUAUUCUUGAAGGGAGUGGAGAUGUUCGGGAAAAACAGUUGCCUUAUAGCCAGGAAUUUGCUCUCGGGCUUGAAGACUUGCGUAGAAGUUUCGAACUACAUAUGUGGCAGUGGAGCUACAGUGCCUCAUAGAUUUCUUGCACCAAGUUUGUCUCUGGAAGAAUGUGGGAAGAGUGAAACAGAUAAUACGGAGCAAGAGAUGCCAACAAGGUCACGUCUACUUCGUAGAAGGGGUAGAACACGAAAGCUUAAAUAUUCCCGGAAGUCUGCAGGUCAUCCCUCAUUUAGGAAAAGAAUUGCUGAUGGGAAAAGCCAGUCAUGUAAGCAGUACUCCCCUUGUGGAUGCCAGUCUAUGUGUGGAAAACAAUGCCCUUGUAUGCUUGACGGAACAUGCUGUGAAAAAUAUUGCGGGUGCUCAAAGAGUUGUAAAAACCGGUUUCGGGGAUGCCACUGUGCGAAAAGUCAAUGCAGAAGCCGACAGUGUCCAUGUUUUGCUGCUGGACGUGAAUGUGAUCCGGAUGUUUGUCGAAACUGCUGGGUUAGUUGUGGAGAUGGUUCAUUAGGUGAGCCAACCAGGCGAGGUGAUGGGCAAUGUGGCAAUAUGCGGCUUCUUCUUAGGCAGCAGCAGAGGAUCCUCUUGGGAAAGUCCGACAUUGCUGGAUGGGGAGCCUUUCUAAAGAAUCCAGUCAACAAAAAUGAUUAUCUUGGAGAGUACACUGGUGAACUGAUUUCUCACAGAGAAGCAGAUAAGCGUGGAAAAACAUACGAUCUUGCAAAUUCAUCAUUCCUUUUUGACUUGAAUGAUCAGUAUGUUCUUGAUGCUUAUCGUCAAGGAGACAAGCUGAAAUUUGCAAACCACUCAUCAAACCCUAACUGCUAUGCCAAGGUAAUGCUUGUGGCCGGAGAUCAUCGAGUUGGCAUUUUUGCCAAUGAGCAUAUUGAAGCUGGUGAAGAGCUGUUCUAUGACUAUCGCUAUGGUCCUGAUGAAGCUCCUGCAUGGGCUCGGAAACCCGAGGGUUCCAAGAGAGAUGAUUCUUCAGUGUCCCAAGGUAGAGCAAAGAAGCACCAAUCGCAUUGAUGAAUUGUUGACAAUGUUUGUGAUUUAUAUUCAAACUUUCAGAGCCUGUUUCUGCCAGUAUUCUCUACUGGCUCGCUUGUGUCGCCUACGAUGAAGGCAAUCUUCAUUGUGGGUAAGCCAGUACCAAUUCCUGGAGCAUUUAUAUAUUUAUUGUUGAGUUAUUUUUAAAGACAUAGAUGUCAAGCAAUAAUGACCAUUUUGGUGAUAGCCUAAUGGUGAAUAAAAUAUAGGACCAAACCGUAGAUUCA